AUGGCUGUCAAUUCCAAUCCUUGUGUUGUUGGCAACUGCAGUGCUAGGCUAGGCGCAAGCAUGAACAACAUAACCUUUCGGGCGCCGACCACGGACAUAUUGCAGGCUUAUUAUAAUGAAAUCGGAGGGAUUUACACGACAGAUUUUCCUGUUACGCCAUCUCUUUAUUACAAUUUCACAGGUGACAAUUUUACGGAAAAUAUUGUGACUUAUACGUUGGGUGCACGUGUGAACGUGCUAGAGUACAACACCACCGUGGAGUUAGUGUUACAGGGGACUAAUGUGCUAAGUGGACCAGAAAAUCACCCUAUGCAUUUGCAUGGUUUUGGUUUUUAUUUUGUUGGAUCGGGUUGUGGGAAUUUCGACAAUGAAACGGAUCCUCAAAGCCCCGGAGGUGAACACUGUUGGGGUACCCAAAAGCUGAUGGGCAGCCGUGUGAUUAAUUCAGAGCUGACAAACCCGGGGUGUGGUUCAUGUGCUGUCAUCUAG